AUGCAAGAAGAAGCAUGGAUAGCGGUGGUCUUAAGCCUCGCUGGUAGACAGAGCAAAGCUCUGAGGGAGAUGGGAGGUAGAAUACCCAUAGAGAAGGAGUGGGGCAUGAGCCCGGAGCGGCAGGAUCAAUUCCUGCUGGAUAGAGGCAGAGCGAGUGCUCUGGGUAGUCAUACGAGCAGUGAAAUUCCCCAGCGGGUUGGAAAAUUGUCAGAGUCGAUCUGGUCAUUUAUGGAGACGCCAGAUUUGUCCUUGAAGGAGAGGUUCCGAACGACACGGAACUUGCCUGGUGAGCCGGCUUUCUCCACCACAUGCAGAGCUAUGGUUGCUUGGAGUAAAUGUGCGAGUGAUGGGAGCGAAAUCGCCAAGAGGAAACCUGUUUCGAAUCUUGUAGGGCAGCUGAGGGUAUCUAUCAAGAAGGCCAUGACGACGCAGAAGUGCCUCGAAGGCAUCUGCGACGUAUGGAGUAACGAUGCGUUCACGCACGCAUACAUUUUUCGGAUCCUGCGUGAUGGUCGCCGGAGCCACAGAGAGAGCAGGGUGAAUCAAGUGUCUCGGUCGCAGUACAAGCGUCAGCUUGCCGUAGAGUAG